GGGAGGAAGAGGAGCAGAGGCAGGGGCGAGAAGAGGAGCCCGGACAUGUCCAGAAGGAAGCAAGCCAAGCCCCGCUCGGUGAAAGUUGAAGAGGGUGAAUCUUCAGAUUUUGCUUUGAACUGGGACUCAUCAGUGACUCAAUCAGAUUGGCUUCAGAUUGGUGCCCUUGAAUCGCUUCUUUUGCCUACCUCUAGAGUGGUGACCACCGGAGGCCUAGGAGGGGAUCUGGAGAAUGAUACGAAGGAUAGCCGGGCCCUGGAAGAGAGGAACAGCGUGACAAGUCAGGAAGAGAGAAAUGAGGAAGAUGAAGACAUGGAGGAUGAGUCAAUUUACACCUGCGAUAACUGUCAGCAGGACUUCGAUUCACUGGCAGACCUGACUGAACAUAGGGCACACAACUGUCCUGGAGGUUGUCUGUUUCAAACAGCAGCAGAGCUAUAUAUGGAUAUUGCCAGCUUGGAAGUGGCUGAUUUUUCUAAACUACUGUACGAUGGUGAUGACGACCCACAACUCUCCUGGGUGGCUUCAUCUCCCUCCAGCAAAGAUGUUGCAUCACCCACUCAGAUGAUAGGAGAUGGGUGUGAUCUCGGCAUCGGGGAGGAGGAAGGGGGGACUGGCCUGCCAUAUCCCUGUCAGUUUUGUGAUAAGUCCUUCAUUCGCCUGAGCUACCUUAAAAGGCACGAGCAGAUCCACAGUGACAAACUACCUUUCAAAUGCACCUAUUGUAGCCGGCUUUUUAAGCAUAAGAGAAGUAGGGAUCGCCACAUAAAGCUUCACACAGGGGAUAAAAAAUAUCAUUGCCAUGAAUGUGAGGCAGCCUUUUCUCGCAGCGACCACCUCAAAAUUCAUCUGAAAACUCACAGUUCCAGCAAGCCGUUCAAGUGCACUGUCUGUAAGCGUGGGUUUUCCUCCACCAGCUCAUUGCAGAGUCACAUGCAAGCUCAUAAAAAGAACAAGGAACAUAUGGCAAAGACUGAGAAAGAGGUGAAGAAGGAUGAUUUUAUGUGUGAUUACUGUGAAGAGACAUUCAGUCAGACUGAAGAUUUGGAGAAGCACGUAAUGAUGCGCCACCCACAGCUUUCUGAGAAGGCAGAUUUGCAGUGUAUUCAUUGCCCUGAAGUAUUUGCAGACGAAAACUCACUUCUUUCCCAUAUUCACCAAGCUCAUGCCAACAAAAAACACAAGUGCCCUAUGUGCCCAGAGCAGUUUUCUUCAGUGGAAGAAGUCUAUUGCCAUUUGGAUAGCCACAGACAACCUGAUUCCAGCAACCACAGUAUCAGUCCUGACCCAGUCUUGGGGAGCGUGGCAUCCAUGAGCAGUGCAACACCUGAUUCGAGUGCAUCGGCAGAACGAGGAUCUACACCAGACUCAACUCUAAAACCUUUGAGAGGACAAAAGAAGAUCAGAUCAGUGGAGAGAGAGGAAGGCCAGAAUUGGUCUAAAGUCACUUACAGCUGUCCCUACUGUUCCAAGCGUGACUUCAACAGCCUUGCUGUCCUGGAGAUACAUUUAAAGACCAUUCAUGCUGACAAACCUCAACAAAGCCACACGUGCCAGAUCUGCCUUGAUUCCAUGCCUACUCUAUACAAUUUGAAUGAACAUGUGAGAAAGGUACACAAAAACCAUGCAUAUCCCAUGAUGCAGUUCAGCAACAUUUCUGCCUUUCACUGUAACUAUUGUCCUGAGAUGUUUGCGGAUAUUAAUAGCCUUCAGGAACACAUCCGCAUCACUCACUGUGGUCCAAAUGCUACCCCUCAAGAUGGUAACAAUGCCUUCUUCUGUAACCAGUGCUCCAUGGGCUUUCUAACUGAAGCAACUUUGACUGAACAUAUUCAGCAAACUCACUGCAAUGUAGGAAAUUCAAAAUUGGAUUCCCCUGUCAUUCAGCCAACACAGUCUUUUAUGGAAGUUUACUCAUGCCCUUAUUGCACAAACUCCCCCAUUUUUGGCUCCAUCCUGAAACUUACAAAGCAUAUUAAAGAAAACCACAAGAACAUUCCUCUGGCGCACAAUAAGAAGUCAAAAGCAGAGCAGAGUCCAGUUUCUUCUGAUGUUGAAGUCUCUUCCCCUAAAAGGCAGCGUCUUUCUGCAAGUAUAAAUUCAGUUUCUAAUGGAGAAUACCCAUGUAAUCAGUGUGAUUUAAAGUUCUCUAAUUUUGAAAGUUUCCAAACUCAUUUGAAGUUGCAUUUGGAGUUGCUUUUAAGGAAACAGUCUUGCCCUCAGUGUAAAGAAGACUUUGAUUCCCAGGAGUCUCUCCUGCAGCACCUCACAGUACAUUACAUGACAACUUCAACCCAUUAUGUAUGUGAGAGCUGUGACAAACAGUUUUCUUCAGUGGAUGAUUUGCAGAAGCAUUUGCUGGACAUGCAUACUUUUGUAUUGUAUCACUGCACCCUUUGCCAAGAAGUUUUUGAUUCCAAGGUAUCUAUCCAAGUACAUCUGGCAGUAAAGCAUAGCAAUGAAAAGAAGAUGUAUCGUUGUACAGCCUGUAAUUGGGACUUCAGGAAGGAGGUAGACCUUCAGAUCCAUGUGAAGCACAGCCAUUUGGGUAAUCCAGCAAAGUCACACAAGUGCAUCUUCUGUGGUGAGACCUUCAGUACAGAAGUAGAAUUACAAUGCCACAUCACAACCCACAGCAAAAAAUACAACUGCAAGUUCUGCAGCAAAGCUUUCCAUGCCAUCAUCUUGUUGGAAAAACAUUUGCGGGAGAAACAUUGUGUGUUUGAUGCUGGUGCAGAGAAUGGUACAGCUAAUGGCAUGACACCAACAAACAAGAAGACGGAAGCUGCAGAUAUUCAGAACAUGUUGAUGAAGAAUCCAGAUACAUCCAAUAGCCAUGAAGCUAGUGAGGAUGAUGUAGAUGCAUCGGAGCCUAUGUAUGGUUGUGAUAUCUGUGGAGCUGCCUACACCAUGGAAGUUCUUUUGCAGAACCAUCGUUUGAGAGAUCAUAAUAUCAGGCCUGGGGAGGAUGAUUGUUCUAGAAAGAAGGCAGAAUUCAUCAAAGGUAGCCACAAAUGUAACAUCUGCUCAAGGACCUUUUUUUCAGAGAAUGGUCUGAGAGAGCAUAUGCAGACUCACCGAGGUCCAGCCAAGCACUACAUGUGCCCCAUUUGUGGGGAGCGUUUCCCAUCACUGCUGACUCUGACAGAACACAAAGUCACUCACAGCAAAAGUUUGGAUACAGGAACAUGCAGGAUCUGCAAAAUGCCGCUGCAGAGUGAGGAGGAAUUUAUUGAGCACUGCCAGAUGCACCCGGAUCUCAGAAACUCCCUCACUGGAUUUCGCUGUGUUGUCUGUAUGCAGACAGUCACCUCUACCCUUGAGUUGAAAAUUCAUGGAACGUUCCAUAUGCAGAAAUUGGCAGGAAACUCUGCAACCUCAUCUCCCAACGGCCAGGCCUUGCAGAAACUCUACAAGUGUGCUUUGUGCUUGAAAGAGUUCCGUAACAAGCAGGAUUUGGUGAAAUUGGAUGUUAAUGGCCUGCCAUAUGGCCUCUGUGCUGGAUGCAUGACCAGGAGUACCAAUGGACAGUCUUCAGGUUUGACCCCACAGGAAGUUAAUGAGAGACCAUGUGGCAGUCUCAGGUGCCCAGAAUGUAGUGUCAAAUUUGAAAGUGCUGAAGACUUAGAGAACCAUAUUCAGCUAGAUCACCGAGAUCUGACACCCGAGACUAGUGGCCAAAGGAAGGGUACCCAGACAUCCCCUGUUCCCAGAAAAAAGACCUAUCAGUGCAUCAAGUGCCAGAUGACCUUUGAGAAUGAAAGAGAGAUACAAAUCCAUGUCGCUAACCAUAUGAUUGGUGCAGCCCAAACACUAUACGGUCAGGUGUUACCUUCUUGUGCAGCUCCUGGAUUGGUGGAGAGGAGAACUAUGAAAGAUGUUGUUGCAGAGGAAGGCAUCAAUCAUGAGUGCAAGCUGUGUAACCAGAUGUUUGACUCUCCAGCAAAGCUUCUGUGUCACCUGAUUGAGCACAGCUUUGAGGGGAUGGGAGGCACAUUCAAAUGCCCUGUUUGUUUCACAGUUUUUGUACAGGCAAAUAAACUGCAGCAGCACAUCUUUGCAGUCCAUGGGCAGGAGGAUAAAAUUUAUGACUGUUCCCAGUGCCCACAAAAGUUCUUCUUUCAGACAGAACUUCAGAACCACACAUUGAGCCAGCACGCACAGUGAGCCACUGGCACUACAGGACACCUCUCUGCAGAAGACUUGACGGAGGCACAGUGGGGAGGACCAUUUGAACAUUACAUCCAAUCAAAGUGUCAUUUGCAACCCAGAUGUAAAACUCUAAUGAUUUGGCCAUGAGGCGCUGCUAUUAUAAGCAGCUGGAAAUGAAUAUUAAUGGAAGAGAUUAAAAGUAUUCCAUGCUCAGUAUUUUUUAUUGUCCUGCUUCAGCUAGUGUACUUUAGAGCUUCUGCUUCUGACUGAAUUUAUAGUGUUAGAUAAAUCUGCUUUGAUGCUGUUGCCCUUUGUUGCUUCUUGUAUUAUAUUGAUAGUUAAAGAUUAGGUGUGAUUUUUUUUUUUGUUAAUUGCCUUUUAAUUGCAACUUUAGGUAAUUGUGCAUUGUGAUGUGAUUGCUUGGCUAUUGUCUGAAUAUUUCUUUUUAAUUUUUUUUAAUUAAAGACUAAUGCUUUGAUUGGAUUUGCCAGUUCACCGGACAGUGAUUAAAACUAUGUAAUGAAUAUAAUCGGUUUCAGUGCAACUGGAUGGUCUGCUUUAUAAAUGUGACUUAAUCUGAUUGCAAUAACUAGUACAGUUCAAUAAAGGGAAUACAUGCAA